AUACUGUAUGUCUGUAUUACGGUUUUAUAAGUUCCCGGUUCCGUAAGUUCCGUUUAGUUUUGUGAUUUGAGUUUAGGUAUAUCAUAAGAUUUAAUAUUUUAAUGGUUUAUGCGUAUUUAGUAUAUUUUUACUAAGACGUUGUUAAUGAAAACUAGUAUUUACUUCUGAGUUUUAACAAGAUACAAAAUCUAUAAGUCCGCGCCUUGCUGGAAAUCGUCAUUUGAGAAUAAUACCAUUUGUUUAUAAUCUAUCGUUUUUCAAUACAUUUAUUUUUCGCUUUGUUUUGCAAUGAGUGAAAAAACCUCGCAAAGUAAACCAACUAUUAUCAGAAAUAAAGAAUCCGAAGUCGAUAUUUACACGGCAGUAGCUAAAUAUGAAGAAAUACAAACAUCUCAUAGAGAUGAAAAUAAUGAUUCUACGAUUUACUUUAAUACUUUACAUAAAUGGCGAGACAUAAUGAAAUGGAAUUAUGAGUUAAAAAAUAAAGACAAUCCACCGAAAGAAAAAAUUGAAGAAUAUAAAAAUGAUGUAAUACAUUUAUUUUUAAUUUUAAAAAAGUUAAAUAGACUUGAUAAAAUACGUUCAAAACAAAAAAAAGAUUUAUUGAAUAAAAAAAAACAAGAAAUUGAUAGUAAACAUCUACAGCAAGAAAAUCUUCUGAACGAAUUAUUUUAUUUGAAAAAAGAAAUAUCCAAGUGCCUUCAAUACAAAUCUAGUGAUAGUGAUAUUGACCUUGUACCGUUAGAUACAUUUUGUUUAGAGUCACCAGAUUCAUCCGAUUGUAUUGAUAAAUUAAAAAGUGGAUUGAUUAAUGAACAUGAUUUACAUAUAAGACGUCUCCAGUGGGAGUUUGAACAGAGGCAAACUCAACAACAACAGUGUGAUGAAGUUGAAAAAAAUAAAGAAACUAUACUUUCUGAAAUUCAGGAAGAGAGCAGGAUUUUACAAAGUAUUUUACCUAUGCUUAAAGACAUACGCACUGCUGCUCAACCUUUACAACAGAGUUUUGGUUUAGCUCCUUGUCAAGCAAGGUCAUAUGCAGAUAUCGUGAAUGUAUUACCCAAACCAUUAUAUUAUUUAUACAUACAAACAGAUGCAUAUAGGGUAGCUUGCAUCAUAAAAUUAAUUCUAGAAUCAAAAUUCACUGUUUCGAUUAAUGGUGACGAAGAAGAAGCUAGAAGAUUUGAUUCUAAUAAGAAUAAUGUUGUGGAUACUAAUUCUGAUGAGGAAGUAGAUGUGCCUAAACCAAAAAAACGUCAUCAUAAGAAAUCACGAACAGAUACAAAGUCUGUACAACAAAAAAGUUUAUUAUCAAAACAUCCUCUAUCAGUUAAAUUAACAUUAAGUUUGAAGAAUAAUACUCAGUUUGUAAUGGAAUUUUUUUAUUUGGUUAAUUUAAACUUAAUAACUGUUACCGUUAGUUCAUCUUGGUCUGGAUUUUCUUCAUCCUACUCUAGGGAAUUGCUUUCACCAAGUUCUAUACUUGAUGCAUUAUUCCCAGGUGACAAUGGCAAAGAAAGCCCUCAUAUAGUGAACUUUCAUCAAUUAGAAGAAGAAAAAACUGAAUUCAACACUAUGGAGGUAGGAAAACCUUAUAUUUGGGCUCAAAGUAUAUGUGGUUUGGAUUUUUUAAAUCCUAAUACACCUGAUUUUUUAAUUUCAAGAAAUAAUAUAGCUCAAGUAUUAAAGGCAAUAAACAAUCGCCUUAAAACUCGUCUUUCAUUGAUUACUCAGCUCGACUGUGGUGACUUGGAACGAAGGUUCAGUAUAAACGGAGUUAAUUUAACUUCAGUUUUAUCCCCUUGGAAUACAAUGACAUGGGAAAAUUUUAUUAAACUUGAAUAUUGUAAACCACAUGUUGAAUUUGGAACAGUGACAGAGAAUGAUUUAUUAUUUAAACGUGUAGUAAAUUAUAAAACAGCAACACUGACUGUAGUAAUGGCAAUUAAAUGUGAUUACCCAAAAAGUAAUCCUAUAUUCACACUUCAACUAAAUAUGCCAACUAUAAAUGAAGGAAUGUCCGUUUUAAAUUCUACUAAUAAUAAUUCUGUUAGAGAAUUGGAGAGAGAAAUCAAUGUUUUUCAUGAACAAAUUGAAGAUGAAGAUAUAAAUGAAAUGCUUAUCAACAUAAUUGGUCGUCUUGUUGUUUGUUUUGAGGUGAUGAUGGAGACUUGGGGGCAUUCAGAUUUUCCCAAAACUAAAACUAUUUUAUACAACAUAAGGGGUCGAGCAAGAAAUCAUCCAUUUAAGGCUGUUAAACAUCAUUCAGGAAUUAUUUUUGAACACCGUUAGACAACUUAUAUUUAUUUGAAAUUUCUGAAUUAUAAAUCUAUAUUUUAUUGAGUAUUUGAUAUAGGAUAUAGGAUCUUUUGAUUGCUCUAUUAUGGUUUUUGCUUUUAUUUUUAUACAUGCUAUAAUAUGAAAUAUGAAUGCUGUAAGUUUCAUUUUUAGAUUUUAAAAUAUUAUUCUUUAAACAUACAACAUUUUUAUUUGAUUAAGUCUCAAAUGGUUUUUUGAUAAAUUUUAAAUUUUAUUAUUUAUAAAUAUUAUUUUAAACUUUGUAACCCAUAAAUUGUAUAUGUAUUAGUUGCAUAUACAUGUAUAGAAGAAUUACUUAAUUCAAUUUACUAAGUUAAUUAAUAAAGUGACCUUGAUUUCAAAUCAUGAGCUCUGAUGAAUGUAAAUUCUACAGCAACAAUUUUAUAUACAUUUUAUUAUUUUAAAAUUUAAGACAGUAUUAUUAUGAAGUAAAUAAUUUAAGAAUAUACAAUUUUUAUUUUUGUCUAACCAGCAAACUUUUUAAAUUUCACUAAAUGUUAACAAUAGUAUUUCUUACAAAUUGUAUAAUUUUCAAAAUAUUUUGACUCUGAGCUAUUUAUAGGCACAAGAAAUUUUGUAUUUUUUUUAGAUUUAUUUCUCUAAAUAUUGAUAAUAUGUUUUUUUGUUUGGUCAAAAAAUAUGAAAGUUAAAUACAAGAUCCAAUAUAAGUUGUUGUUUUACUUAAAAAAAUAUUUCAAAUGUAUAAGCACAAUAAUUUAAGUAUUUGAAGAUCAUGUAUAUUUUGGAAAAAAAAUUGUCUAAAUUAUAAAAAUUAGUAAAUUGUUGCUUGUUGCAAUAAAAUAAAAUAAAAUUAAGUAAUUCAUACGAAAACCUAAAAAAAAUUUAAACAAUGAUUUUUAUAGACAUUUGAAGUUCAAAUUUGAACAAUUUUUCAUAUUUAAAUUAUGAAUAACAAUAUUCAAUUAUUUUGCUAUAAUUAAAAAAACAUUAUUUGCAGGGACUAUACAUUCUUAAUUCUUAUGUAUAUUAUGAAUUUUACUAUACGCAAUGAAAUCUUCCAAUUCUACAGGUUAAUUAUUUAUAUGCCGGAGUGUUGCCAGUGGGCGGCUUCCCCACCUAAGCCUUUCUUUUUAUAACUAUAUCUAUUAUGCUUAUUAUACUUAAUAUUGUAUAGAUUGUAUAAAUGAAAAAAAAAAAAAAUUAUUUAUAAAAUUUAAAAAUAAUACUCAUGAAUAUCAUAAUUCUAUUACACUGUCAAUAACAAUAAUGAUAUAAUAUGAUGUAAAUAUUUAUUAUUAUGGUAAUAAAUUAAAUAUUUACAGUA